AUGUAUGUGGAAAUUCAGGGGCCCUUCUCGUCGCCCAUCCUGCGGCGCUGCCGGCGGCGCGCGCUCUGCUGCCGCGCCGCCGGCCUGCGCGCCCGCUCGCCCGCGCCCUGCGCCGCCGCCGCCCCCGCCGGCGCCGCCCGCAGCGCCGUGCUUCGGCCGCGCGCCGCCGCGCUGUGCGACGCGCGCCGUCCCCGCUCGACAGGAAUGGACACGCUCUUGAGCACAUGGCGCCGCCCCGCGCUGAGACCGCUCACAUGGCCGAACGCCUCACCUGCGCAGGAGCAGGCCUUGCGACAUAUUCUCACGAGCAAUUCUUAACGUAUUUUGAUUAAAAGUAUGCCAUAUAGAAUGAUAUUUGAAGUUAAGAUGUGUAAUCUCCUCAUACUUUUUACGACAUUGCAAGACAUUUGAUGUUUACUCAUUUCUAUAUCAACGGAUUUUGCAUCAAAUUGGGGGAGAAUAUAGCGCCCCCAUAGUAAGCUAGGUCCAAGGGCCCCCACAGCUGUUAAAACGACUCUGGCUGCUGAUAAGGA